UCAGUUGACCAUAGCUGAAAAAGCCGCCAAAGAACUCUAAUUUGAUCUAGAAGCCCUCCACCUCAUCCUCCUCCAGUGAGCUCCGAGACUAAGACAUCCACAGAUACAUCGGUGUCGUGGGGAAAGAUGCAGUUCUGCUCUGGAGACAGAAAUGGCUCUUGUAUAAGGACCAGCUGGUCCGAUAACAUCCGCGUCGUUAUGUACAGCAUGAUGUCUUGCAUAAUCCUGACCACGCUGGCCGGAAACCUGAUGGUGAUUAUCUCCAUCUCGCAUUUCAAGCAGCUCCACACACCCACCAACUGGCUGAUCCACUCGAUGGCCACAGUGGACUUUCUGCUGGGCUGCUUCGUGAUGCCUUACAGCAUGGUGCGAUCGGUGGAGAGCUGCUGGUAUUUCGGGGAGCUUUUCUGCAGAAUCCACACCAGCACGGAUAUUAUGUUGAGCUCGGCAUCCAUUUUCCACCUGUCCUUCAUUUCUAUCGACCGCUACUACGCCGUGUGCCACCCGCUGAGAUACAAAACCAAGAUCAACAUCUUUGUUGUGCUGGUCAUGAUCUUUGUCAGCUGGACGGUCCCUGCCCUCUUCGCUUUCGGGAUGGUGUUUCUGGAGCUCAACUUGAAAGGAAUAGAAGACCUUUACCAGCAGCAGUUUCUCUGUGUUGGAGGCUGUUUUGUGUUUUUCAGUAAAACUUCGGGGGUUCUCGCUUUCAUGAUCUCUUUCUACAUCCCAGGAUUUAUUAUGCUGUGCAUCUAUGGGAAAAUCUUCUUCAUAGCCAGGAGACAGGCAAGGUCCAUUAAUGACACCGCCCAGCAGAUCCAGGCAGGGUUUGAAGAGAUGCACCGGCCUUCGAGGAGCAGAGAGAGGAAAGCAGCGAAAACAUUAGGAAUCGUGAUGGGAGUCUUUCUCCUCUGUUGGUGUCCGUUUUUCUUCUGCACCAUCAUGGAUCCUUUUAUUGGCUAUACGGUACCCCCCGUCCUCAGAGAGGCUUUGGUUUGGUUGGGCUAUUUAAACUCAACCUUUAACCCUAUGGUUUACGCGUUUUUCUACCCAUGGUUUCGGAAGGCCCUCAAGAUGGUCCUAGUGGGGAGAGUUUUCCAAAAGGGCUCUUCCACCUCUAAAUUGGUUUUAGAGACAUGUGUCUAGGAUUUAACUGGAUAUGUGGGCAGGGGAUGUAUCUGUUAUAUUCUUUUAUUUUACUCUUCCAAGAGCCUAGUACAGUGUUCUGCACACGCAAGUGCCCAAUAAAUAUGAUUGAUUGAGUGAAGCAUAGCUAAAAAGACUGUAUUUAUGAAACACCCAGGAUUCAUUCAUUCAUUCAUUCAUUCAAACCUAUUUAUUGAGCACCUACUGUGUACAAAGCACUGUACUAAGCCCUUAUUUAAAAAUCCAGGAAGCAGAAAACUAUAACUGACCCAUUCAGCAUCCACUAUCUAGGACUGAUUAACAGGUAUUUGUGUUUAAUUAGGCCCAGUGAAUUUGAUAGUGCUACUGGGGAUGAUGAAAACAAGGUUAAUUUGCCUCACACUCCAUCCUAUAGCUCUUUUUAAAUAUUCAAUUAAAUUGGAAAUGAUACCUCAAAAAGGAAGGAAAAUUAUCUGGUACACAGAAAUGAAAAGUGCAUUUCUAUAGCACUAAUUCAGGAUGAUACUUAGGAAUGUGGUAAAGUUCUUUAAUAUGCACUGCUUUCUGCUAAAAAUGCCACAAACAUCUAACUCUAAAUUAUGAAUAAUAUGUAUUUAGGUUAUAUUAAGGAAAAACAUAUUUUUUUUGGGGGGAAACCAUUUCUUAAGUAUAGAUUCAGAUUAGAAUUAAAAUCAUUUUGAUUUAAAUCAAAUCCACCUUGAUCUAAAAAUUUCCAGGAAACACAGUUUUCUACCCUAAAUCUUCCAAACAAUUUCUUUGAAUCUGUGCUUCACUUUGCUUCUGUCUAUAAUGAGACAUGGUAAGGAGUGCAAGUCAAACUUGG